GGUGGAAUCACAAGAAAUCGAUCGUUUACUCCAAUGUAUCUCAGAAUAUUAUCAUACAGUCCGUUGGCCAUCAUCAUCAUCAUCUCCUAUCACGUCCCAGAAUAUCUCCUCCAGUUCAAAUAACCAUUUGUCAAAACAGACAGUAACACCUCCAGUGACUGUUGAUCAGUUAUCUUUAAUAUUCUAUGCUAUUCUCCUUCUACAAACUAGUCUACACAAUGUGAAUGCUGCAAAAUCAAGUCUGGGCAAACAGAAUGUCAAUCAGUUUAUUAAAAAUGUACACGAUCUGUUAAUGUCUUCCUGUACAAAUCAAGCAGACAAUGGUGAUAACGAUGGUGAUGAUGAUGUUGGUGGUGAUGAAAGACAACGUAAAUCAGUAGUGAAUGAAUGCAACAGUAAUGCUGUACAGGCGAGACAAUUAUUUUCUAAUCGUAUACUCACUGAAAUUUAUCAUCGUAUUAAAGCGAGACCACUACUAACCGGUGCUGAUCAAACAGAUACUGUCCGGCGUAUAUCAAAAGCAAUAGGAAAUUUAAAUCAAGUGAAAAUUCUACCGCAUAAAUCUACUACAGUUAAUUUUGAAUUGGUUGAUACACAUCGUAGAUUAGUGUGUUACUGUACUGUUAUUCAUAUUAUACAAAACCAGUCUCCAGAGAAAGAGACCAGGGCACUGAGACACUUAUUUGUAUUCAAUGAUUUAAUUAUUCUUGCCAAAGAUGCCUCAUCCUCCUCGUCCUCCUGCUCCACGUCAUCGUCAAAACACCUCGGUGGUAGAAAAUCUAUCUUCGACAGAUCAAAACAUCGCCAGAUAUCAACUGAUAAUGUGUUAUUCAGUCGGCAUAAAUGCAACGAUGAAUUCCUUCAACCACCUCUGGAUUUACUUAUUGACAGUUUCGAUGAUAAACAUCAACAGCUGAAUAACUUACAGUCUAGUGCAUUUAUCUGUGCUCAACCUCCUGUUCACUGUUUGCCGUAUACACGAAGGAGUCGAUCAAAAAAUGAUAUAAACAGUCAUAAGGCAGCAUCUAGUCAUUUCAAUUCACAUUCCUCUACACGUUUAACUGCUUUAUAUGCUAUCUCACUGGUUCAAUGUAAAAUUCGUCCUUUUAAAACUGAUGUAUAUCGUUAUGGCUUAGAGUUUUGGAGUUUCCCAAAAGAUUAUUCACCUACCAAUGAUCACUCAAUGAAUUCUGUUAAUAAUAACAAUAACCAUGAUCAGCAACAACCUGAACAGUUAAUUAUUAUCUCAGCUUUAGCUAAAACUGACUAUCAUAAUCUACUGACCGACUUAUUUGAAGUCAUUUGUGAAGCAAAUCAUGUGGAUAUGAUGUUGAACAGUUAGUUAAUAAUAUGUGAAUUCGUCGACUCCUUCUCUUUUUCUUCUUCUAUAUGUGAUUGAUUAUAUGAUGGAAGAAGAAUCCAAUUGGUUUCUUUCAUUUGCUGUGUGUGUUUCUCUUUCACCUGCCUUACAUAUUGAAUUCUGCAUCACCACAAUCAUCACUGUCACCAUCGUCUUCUACUUCUUCUGUAGAUUUCAUUAAAAUUCGCUGUACUGUCAAACCAAUACACUAAUGCACACACACACACACAGACACAUAGAGACACAUGCAUUCCAUAUUCUUGAGUGAUGAUGACCCCUGCUUCACAUUAUUUUUCUCUUUUCAUUCUACUCUUUUGUGUUCCAAGUGAGAACAACACCAUACAUAGGGCUUCAAGAUUUUAGCCAGGGUUCUCAUUGUUAUUGUACGGGGUGAGGUUACUAGCCUCCCACACACACAUCGGAUAAGUGACCGGAUUUAAGACUAUGCGUCAGUCACC